AUGCCCGAAUUCUCAUCGAUUCUCGAGGAAGCGGCUCGGCAUGAAGAGAACAUGGAUGGUCAUCGUCGAGCCGAGAUCCGAGCGUUGGAUUUCGAUGAAACAAUUAUUGUGAGGCCUAAACCAAUCGAUCCACGACAGAAAGGAGUUGUAAAGAAGAAAAGUGUUGAGAAGAAAUCAGCUCCACCUCAACAAAAGAAAGCAAAACCCAGCGAGAAGGAGUCGAUCAAGUUGGGCGCAAAGUUUAGAAGUUUUGCUGAAUUCGAGGCGUCGUUUAACGAGUGGAAAGUGAAGAAUUUCCAUCCAUUCAGGACUGCAUCCAGUGAAACGUUGAGAGAACCGGAUGGAUCAAUCAAUGGAAAGUACAAGUACCGCUACCUUGUCUAUCAUUGUUCACACUAUGGAGCGCCGAGAGUUCGAUCAAGAAACGCCCGAAAACCACGCAGCAAAUACCUACCUUGUGGCUGCAAGGCAAUGCUUCGACUCAUCUAUGAUUACAAUGAAAAGAAGUUGGUGAUUGCAGUGUUGAACGCUGAACACGAAGGACAUCAGGUGAACGAGGAGAUUUUUGAGAAGCUCAAUCGACGGAAUAAAGUCAAAUUGCCCCAGAGUGAUGGUGAGGAUGAUGGGGAAGGGGAAAACAACGAGCCGUCCUUUGAGCCGACACUCAACUUUGCUAGAGUGAUGGCUCCUCAAAAUUUCCUUCAAGUUCUUCAACAGCAUCAGAAACUGAUCGGUUUACCGCUUGAGGAGUCAGGGCAAAGUUUGCAUGAAUCGUAUUGCCCGCGAAUGGUUGAUGAAUCGACGCUGAAUUCGGCGACUUUAACACUUCGAUCAAGUUAUACGAAUUCCGAAGUGACUGAAUCGAAUGAAACGAAAAACUUGUCGACGCUGGCCGAGAAUCCGAGAGUUCAAGAGACAAUCAGAAAUCUCCUCACUCAUCUCUCGAGUUUCGACGAGAAAACGUUGAAUGAUCGAUUGGAAACGAUCAAUACUUUUAUUUCAAAC